AACAAUUAGAAGAUGGUCGAACAUUAUCAGAUUACAACAUUCAAAAAGAAUCAACACUUCACUUGGUUCUUCGUCUUCGUGGUGGUCAAUAA